GCGCAGCCGCUGCGGGCAGCCCCGGCCCGGCCCGGGCCUGCGCUUGCGCGGCGGCGGCGGCGGCGGCGGGAUGGCGCUGGAGACCGUUCCCAAGGACCUGCGGCACCUCCGGGCCUGCCUGCUCUGCUCCCUCGUCAAGACCAUCGACCAGUUCGAGUACGACGGCUGCGACAACUGCGAUGCCUACCUGCAGAUGAAGGGCAACCGCGAGAUGGUCUACGACUGCACCAGCUCCUCCUUCGACGGGAUCAUUGCGAUGAUGAGCCCGGAGGACAGCUGGGUCUCCAAGUGGCAGCGCAUCAGUAACUUCAAGCCGGGUGUAUAUGCAGUGUCCGUGACUGGCCGCCUGCCCCAAGGGAUCGUCCGAGAGCUGAAGAGCCGUGGUGUGGCUUACAAGUCCCGAGACACAGCUAUAAAAACCUAAGGGGCUCUUGUGCUGCGUGGAGGAUUCCCUGGUGCUCCACUGGGCUGUUUGGAGGCUGGCACGUGGGGCGCUGUUCUGAAACCUUUUAGUUGUAGUAUGUGGGAAAAUGAGCCUGGACUCAGAGGGAGCUUGCUGGCUCAGCUUUUCUCGCUCAGUACCUAUGGACUCAGUCACACUGCUGUCUGACGACAAAGACCAUAAAAAUCUGUUAGAUCCUUGACAGAGACUGGGAAAGAGGUGUUCAGUGGUGAUGCACAAACAUUUUAUAGUUAGCAUGGGUAAGAGGAGAGCUGGGACACGUCUGUAAAUAUUUCAAUAAAACAUGGUGCCUGGUCAGAA